AGGUUAGCGUGCCGCCGAAGCUGGACCCUUUCUUCGUUAUUCUGGUAUUGACCGGGUGGGCGCUCGUGACGCGCUACAGCAUCGCCAUCUUUCGGCGAAUUGGUUCACCCGUCAGAAAAAUGAGUUUAGGCGGGAGGGAGGUGCAUAUGAUUGACACGAGAGAGUGCGAGCCACGAUCGAGACGUGCGUUUCCUUCGCGACGAAACUCGGCUUCUCUAGGCUUUCGCGUCAACUUGAAAAAAAGGAAAAAAAAAUAAAAAUAAAAAGGAGAAAUAAAGUGGAGAAACGAUCGAGUGCAACGAAAUUUCGCGACGCGAUAUAGAAUAUUCUCGUGAUGUCGAGACAAGAACGCGAUAUUUUGUGUAUUUGAAUGGAAAGGAAUAAUCGAGUCGAAAUAACGAUAGACUGACAUGAUAUUAAUUCGUCCAGAGAGGGUAAACGAUCUUCAUGAAAGCAAUGUUCGAGGUAGUUGUACACGCGAAGGGUAACGUUUGUAAUGGUCAGUGAAUUAAUACGAACAAUGCUGGACGGUGGCCACCAAUUCGAUCAACACGGACAACUGAAGGCGAUUCGAUCUGGAGCUCAUCGUUGGAAGAAGGGGAUCAUAUUUCAAAACAUUUCACCGAGGAGAACGAGAAACGGACCAAAGAGGGGAGAAUUAUUCGAGUGUCGAUUGCCGAGCGCGUUGUAACGUUUCGAGGCGGGGCGAGAAGAAGAGGGAAAAAGAGAUCAAAUUACAAAACAUUCGACCGAGGAGACCGAGAGACGGACCAAGGACGAAACAAUCGUCGAGGUGUCGGUUACGAGUCGUAAUUUCGAAAGGAGGAAGCGAGAAGAGCGGAAAAGGGAAGAGAGAGACGAGGCAAAGCGUGGCCAUAAGCGCGAGAAGAGCUCGCGAGAGGAGCAGCCACGGAGGCAGAGCGAGAGAGGUGGAGUGAACGGGCGAUAAUCGAGGAUUUGAAUGGGUGGGCCGGGAGCCGGUAGGGUUAACAGGCACGAGCUGAACGCGGUGCCAAAGAGCGACGUCGGUCACGGGGAUAGGACCCUCGUAAUCGACGAGCCAACAGCACCAGCACCGGCCUGUCGGUGUCACCCGGCUUCGGACGCUGUGAUCUCAGCAUCUGGCCACCUGGUCCCCGCCCAACUGCCGCCUUCGCCGCCCCCACUCGCCUCGUUGCACAUCGACAACGCGAACAAUUGCAGCUCGAUCGGCAACAACAACAACACUACUGCCAAACCGGACGCGAUCUCGAACGGUACCAAAGCUGCUGCUACUAUGUCCUCGCCGCCCAAGCAUCGAAGGGGCUUCGACCCCAACGACGUAAACGCCACCGAUUAUCGCCGUUAUCGUCGAGUUAAGACGAGACGAGGCUUUGUAUGUUCCACACCGUGACCUUGGGCGCCGGACACAGACCUCCCCGACAUCUCCCGACAUAUAUCUGUCAGCACGAGGCAUUAAAACACACACAAGCUUGCGAUGUUCGAUGUUGGACCGCUUACUGGUUGUAUACCCCUGAAUAAUAAAAAUUACGAAUGAAAUGCGAUGAAAAAAAAAUGAGCGAACAAAAAAAAAGUAACAGUAUAUAAGACGAAAGCCUGCCGUGGCUAAGCUGCAUGUGUCGUCCUAAGUCGGCGUUUCCUGGUUGCUCGGACCAACGAGUGGCGUCCUCGACGAGAGUUGCCACGAUAGAUCGCAUAGAUACGAAAAAGAAAAGUAAACAAGCAAAAAAUAUAUAAAAAUAUGUGAAUUAAUAAUAAAAAUGUAGGCAGCAUAUUGGCUCCCAUCGUUUUCCCGACGCUUUCGAUCGAAGCUUGGAAUGCGAUGCAAUGAAAUGGAAUGAAAUGGUAUGAAGAGUCUUGCACCUUGGACAAUAAAGCUUUCACGCACUACUCAAUUAUCUGUGUGGACCGGAGAAGAGACGACCCGGCUUACGUCCUCUUCUCCCUUCUCGCGGCGAAUAUCUGGAAUGCUUUGUUCGAUGUGUCGACCCGAAAGAAAUUGACUUCCGCUCGAGAAAUGUGCGAGGAAAUGCAGGAAAUCGAAAUCGAAACGGCCCCGGAACCUGCCUCCCUUUCCCAUCGUCCCUCUUCUUUUUUACCGAUGAAGGAACAUUGACGACUGAUACAAACUAAUUUUAAUGAAACUUUUCAUAAUUUUGUUUCUUGAGUCGAUUUAAAUAUCUUGUUGAGUUUCUGAUAUUUUUUUGAAGAAAAAAAAUUGCUUUUUCAACCAAGAUGCAUUUUUCAUGUUUAAAUAUUUUUAAAUCGUAAAUGAUGAUAUAUAUAUAUAUAUAAAAGAUGUAUAAAAAAAAAUAUAUCCAAUAAAUAAAAGUUUUACUAUUUUCAAGGAUCUAUAAAUCUGUAUAAAAUAUUUUUGAAAAUAAAUUUAUUCCGUGAAAAUAUUUUUUAAAAAUAUUUUUUAUGUAAAUUUAUAGGCGUGUAAAACUUUUAUUCGAAUUAUUUUUUAUAUUAUAUUUUUUGUUACUUUCACAAUUUAUAAGCCCUUAAAUGGAAAGCGCAUCUCGAAUAAAAAGUCGAUUCCUCUUGUCGAUUAAUCUUGGAACUACAUUAAACUAUUGCUCAAAAAAAUUAUUAUUGUUUCUUAUAAUUUAAAAAUUGCCAUUAAAAAAUUAAUUUAUUAGUUCGAUAUGUAUACAUAUCACGUGCAACUAAAUUGUGAUACAUAAAAUAUUAUUAUAUACGAAUAAUUAAUUAAUAAUAUAAUUACUAUAAACUAUAAAAAUAUUAGGUAAAAUAAAUAUAUCAAUAAUAUCAUUUCAUCAAUAUUUAAAUGUCUUAUAUUAUUUUAUUAUAUGAAUAAACAUGCUUCGAAUAAAAAAAAA